AUGGAAUGCGCAAUAGUUCAGUUUUUGGAUGAAUCGCCAGAGAUUCGUUCGCACUACGUUCAGAACGGCGACUCGCCUUUUAGCGGAUCUUCUGUUCUGUACCAAUCGCCUGGUCCUUCGGCAAGUGGCCAGGACAAUAGUAAUUUGACUGCAGGCUCUACUUUGUUUACACCCACAGAGGGAUUGACGGUUUUGUCCUUGUUGAAUUCCGAGUCGCCAGUUCAGCGGAAUACUUCUGCGCCAUCUAUGACCCCGGAUCAGCCACCUAAUACGAGUGCUUAUCAAAGGCACGACAAUGCCAACGCUAGCACGUUUGUUUACCAGCAGCCUCCUGGUGAGCCGGUUCUAUGGCCAUUGGAGCAUGAGCAAGAGGCCAUGCUGCUUCAGCACUAUAUUGAAAAUGUUGCCUUGUUUUUUGACAUGAUGGAUUCUAGAGAUCAUUUUGGUGUACACAUUGUCCAGAUGGCCAAACAAAACAGUACACUAAUGAAUGCUAUCCUUGCCUUGUCUGCACGCCAGCUUAGCCGGAUUGCCGACUUUGAUCCCUACAUUGCAGAUGCUUACUACCAGAGAUGCUUUGACACUUUGAUCCCUGCAUUGAAUGACAACUCAACCAUCAAAGAGGAGCCACUGCUUGCAGCGACUGUUAUUCUACGGCUAUUAGAGGAGAUGAACAUAUCAGUUGUAGGAAGUGACCCUCAAGGUCAUCUUUUUGGUACUCAAGCCAUCAUUCGCGCCGCUGAACAGUCAUAUGCUGCUACAUCUGGUCCAGACUGGCGCCAAGCCAUAUACUGGGCCGCUUUUCGUCAGGAACUAUGGAUCUCACUAAUGACCCAAAAAGCCUUCAAGUUACACAUCUUCCCUGCAGACCGCUCACUCGAGCCCGCUACCGACUCAAUGUGGGCUACGCGGACUAUUGCACAUCUUGGCGACGUGAGCAACUUUGUCUUUGGGGAGGACAGAAACAGCAUCGCCCGUUAUAAUCAGCUUAUGGAUGAAAAUAAGGCCUGGAAUCAGUGCAGACCUAACAGCUUCGAUCCAUAUUACUUUCGUCACAAAAACCCUUCGAGCGGAAACAGCUUCCCAGAUAUCCGCCUACAUCGAAAAGAGCACGUAAUGGGCAUGCAGUACAAUCUCCUAGCUCAUACACUAUUGAUUGUACAUGACCCUACAAUACCACAGCUGGGGCCUGCACAUAAGGCUUCACGUGCCGUCGUGGACAAGGCUGUACAAGAGAAUGUGCGCAUAAUGUGCGGUGUCGCUCAAUCAAAUCCAAAAGUGUUUCCCUGCAUAUUUGUCGCCUGUUAUGCGAUUGCACUAGUUGGCGACCGAUUCACCAUACGAGAGGAGCAACAAAGCCUCCGUGAUCUGUGGUACAGUUGUGAACAAACGCAUGCUUUCCCUCCUACCGCGAUGAUUGCACAGCUUGAGGAAUCUUGGGGGUGGCAUAACCAGUGA